CACAAACAAAUACAUGUGCUCCUAAAGAAAAAUAACAUUUGACACACAGAAAAAAGACAUGGCUAGGAAAAGAAAAAUUCCCGUACGUAAACAUCAUGGUGUACGUGAUCCUCUCAAGCAACUGGAGGUCAAGGAGAAAAAACUUAGAAAUGUUGUCAACAGUCCGCCCCAGAAAGACGAUCAAAAAAUGUCCUACAAAUUUGUACAAUUUAAAAAAUUAGCUGAUCAAGCUAAAACUGGUAAUAAAAUUAAACGCAUACGUAGUGGUGUAGAAGAUAAACCCAAAGAUUCUCCAGCUGUAGUGAACAAAAAGAAAAAUGCCCAAAAGGAUGGCAACAAAUUUAAGAGUAUAAAACAAAUGCCUGGUGAAGAGGAUUUGGACUAUAUACGAAGAGUUAAUCGUAUAACUAGUGAAAGUCUCAAGGAGGCACAGUAUGAAGCAAAAUAUGGUGUUAAAGUGGUACGAAAUCCAAACACGGGAGAGAUUUCAAUUAAAAAGAAACCUCCCAAUGAAAUAGAUGAGCUGUUGAAACAAAGAAAAAAACAAAUGAUAGGUGGCAAAAUAAGAAAGAAUCAGAAGGUAACUGAUAAGGAUGUAAAGAAAAUGGAUCCUAAAUUGGUUAAAGCAUUGAUAAAACAAGCCAUACAAGAGGAUGAGCAGGAAAAAUUGAAAGAAAAAGAAAAGGAAAUUGUUGAGUAUCGCAGGGAUGUUGUGAAAUUUGGCGAAAUAGUACAUGCACCACCCAGCAUUUCGACAAUACCAAGAAAGGCCCUAAAAAAUGAAACAGUGCCAAGACCCGGCAUGAAAAACAAUCUUUUACUCAAGGAUCUACUAAAAACAAAGGAAUGUGAGAGCUCUGAAAAUGAGAAAGCCAAAACUUCUUCCCAAGACAGCUAUAAAAAAGCCAAAUCAACUGGUUCUAUUAGCAAAAAACAAUUAAAGGGUAAACGUAAAGAUCUGCCGGAGGCCACCCGCAACAUGUUGGAGACUGAAAGACAGAAGUUGGUUAGCCUUUACAGGGAUUUGAAAAAAUCCAAAGGCAUACAAUCAGAUAAAAGUUGACCACAUAGAAAAUAAAACUAUAUUUUAAUAUUCGAUUUUUUUUUGGUUGUAAUUCUUAUUUUUUUAAUGGAACUAUUUAAAAUAACAAAAAACUAUUAAAGUUCAAAAUAAAAAUUA